AUGAGUAAGCCUUCAACGCAGACCCUCGGGUCGGUCCAGCUCCGUCACGAGGAGACCAACGAGGUUAUUCUUGUUCCAACACCUUCUAGAGACCCGAAUGACCCUUUGAACUGGUCGACCGCGCAAAAGUACUAUCUUCUAGGUCUUGUGUCCGUUGGCAUGUUCCUCGUGAAUUUCGUGGCCGUGGGACCAUCGGUGGCACUUGCAUCUAUUGCUAUCUCUUUUUUUGGAGCUGGUCCAAACCUUUCAAAAGAUAUCUCCGGGAAGGCCUCAUACUUUCAGACAGCUACUUCGCUGAUGAUUGGAGUCGGGAACCUUUUCUGGGUUCCGUUGGCUACAAAAUACGGCAAGAGGCCGGUAUAUAUUGCCUCAUUCCUCCUCCUCACUGUAUGCUCUGUUUGGUGUGGUGUGGCAAAGAGUUUCGAGAGUGAGCUGGCUGCCAGAAUCAUUCUGGGUACCGCUUGCGGGGCUCCGGAGAUUAUAGCACCUCUCACCUUGGCCGAUAUAUUCUUUCUCCAUCAGCGGGGAACUAUGAUGGUGAUCUAUACAUGUGCCCUGUCCUGUGGUGUCGGUGCUGGAGUGGUCAUAUCAGGCCUAAUCACCAUGCACAAUAGCUGGCGCGCAAUUUACUGGCUUUCCACCGCGCUUCUUGGUGUCGUCACUAUUUUGGUCAUAUUUACAUUCCCUGAAACAAGUUAUAUCCGGGAGCCGGUGGUCGAUCAAGUCGAAGGAGUUGAAAAAAAUGCAAAGCUCCGCGCGGGCCAUACCGAAGAGGUAGACGUGGUGGUACCGCCGAAGCGAAGCUUCACACAGAACCUACGUAUAUUUUCUACAACGUACACACAUGAGUCAUUUUUUGUGCUGGCUAUGCGGCCAGUCAUUGCUAUCACUCUCCCAACGGUGCUCUGGGCCACGCUAAUCAGCUGUCACCAUCGGGAUGAGAACUCCCGAAAUGCGGCUACCUGCACUUGCAUCAACUUCACGACCGUCCAGGCAACUAAUAUUGCCAUCGUAUAUAUUGUGGACUCAUAUCGUCCAAUUGCCGGCGAGGUCAUCGUCACUCAGUCUGUGUUCAAAGCUCUAUUCGGAUUCUUGCUCAGCUUUUAUGUUGAUCAGUGGAUUGAUGAGUCUGGAUACAUUCAUGUUUUCGGUACCCUGGCGGGUCUAUCUGCCGCUGUGUUUAUCUGCGUUUUCCCGUUCUACUACUGUGGAUACCAGCUUCGGCAUGCGACGUGGCAAUGGGGAUUCAUUAAAAAGCUACUUCACUGGGAUGUAGAUCGCGAGGUAGGGGAGUGA